UCACCUCACACUUCAUACACUCACUCAGACACACUGAUCUCUAGUUACUUAGCUCCUUGAGAGUUCAAAGUAUUCUUUUAGAAAAGAGAAAAGAUGAAGAUUUUCCUUGUUGCUUUGGUAUUUUCAUCUCUAGUCUUGAGCGCUACAUUUCUAGUUCAGACUACUUCUGCAGCUUCUGGCCCUGUUGAUACAUCACUCCUCAGUUUCUGCAACUCCAAGUGUGCGGAUAGGUGCGCAGUAGCAGGAGUGAAGGAUCGUUGCUUGAACUACUGUGGAAUCUGUUGCAAAGAGUGCAAGUGCGUUCCCCAUGGAACUUACGGAAACAAAGAUGACUGCCCAUGCUACAGAGACAAGAAAAACUCCAAGGGCAAAGGCAAAUGCCCAUAAAAAAAAUGAUACCAGCAACAAUGACCAUGAAGAUCUAGAGACAGAGAAGGAAGGGUCGCUUGCUUUUCUUUAUUGAUUAAAUCUGUCACUGUUUGCUACUGCACAUUACUGUAUUGCUGGUUGUUGUUGUUUCUAAUUCUAUGGGUAAUAAUAAAUGAGAGUUUUAAUAAUCUU